UUUCAAACGAAAUAGUACAUAGGUUUUGUUUCCUGAUGACUGUUCAUAGAGAGAGACACGAUCACAUGAUGCUGUCAUGUUUCUGACACUGUAAAGGAUCAACGCAGAAAAACGCAUUAAAGAAAGCUGCAAGCUGUAAGAACUUAGAAAAUGCCCAAAAAGAAAAGGAGUGUGGAGAAAGGUAAGGCCGGUGCAAAGAAGAAAGGGACCAAAAAAAGAGAUGCUAGCACCUCUUCAGCCAAAGUGCACAAACUGAAAGGUGGACAUACUGGAGACUCGGGUCCAGUCAGACCCGAAGGCCAUGUUCAGCCAAGCACAGAGUCUGAGCCACAUACUCAAAAAAGCUCAAGUACGAUGGAAAACUGGACUCAGACCAAGCCUGUUAAGCAAGCAACACAGCAGACACAAACAGAGUUUAAUGAAAACAAAGUGUCCACAGAGCCAAUAGAACAUAGUCCAGAGGAGGAUAAGAUGGAGGUGGAGACUCAGAGGAAUCAAGUAAAGGAAGGUGAUGGAGAAGAUGAGAAUUGUAUAAAGAAGAAAAAGAGGAAAGUCAGUGAGUCAAUAGAAGCAGAAGAAAAGAGGACCAAACCGUCAGAUGGUUGCGGAGAUAAGCAAGCUGGAGAUGAACAGAAAGAGACAGAGACCAAGGAAAAACAUUCCAGAGAAGAUUCACAGAAAGACACUGACCGCAAAUCAGGAACUGAAGGAGGAAAAUCAAAUGCAGAAGCUGCUGGAAACCAGACUAAAGGCUCAAAGGAGUUCAGUGACAACAACGAGUCCAAAGAGGCAAUAGAACAGAGUCCAGAGAAGGAUAAGAUGGAGGUGGAGUCUCAGUUGCAGAGGAACCAGGGAAAUGAAAUUGAUAGGACAGAUGAGAAACGUAUAGAGAAGAAAGAAGGGAAAGUUAUUGAGUCUAGAAAAGGAGAGGAAAAGAGCAGAAAUCCGUCAGAUGGUUGCAGAGAUAAGCAAGAUGGAAAUGAACAGAAAGACACAGAGAUCAAGGAAAAACUCUCCAGAGAUGAUUCCCAGAAAGACACUGACCUCAGAUCAGGAUCUGAAGGACGAAAGUCAUAUGCAGAAGCUGCAGCGGAUCCUGGAAAUCAGACUCAAGGCUCUAAGGAGCAAAAGACAGCAGCAAAUCAGGACCGCACAAUGAGAAAACAUUCGCCAGUAAGGACCAAUCAGCCGAUGUUCACUUUCUAUGUAUAUGCAGUUCUCGACAAAAGAUUCAAAUUUAACAAACGGUAUAGCUCUCUUUUGCUCCUUUAUGGGAAUGGAUGGAUUAAACUUCAAAUUAAACAUAUUAAAGGUGUACAACAUGGGAGCUGUUUGAUUGAAGCAACAUUUUCAGUUGAAGAAAGCACAAUGAUGAGGGGUGACGUAAUCUGGUACAAGUAUGCAGUGCAGCAUGAACAGCAGAUUGAGGAAAUAGCAAUAAGAUAUGUUUAUAUACCUCCUGACAAUAAUGUUAAAGAACUGCACCUUUAUGAAGGCUUUGUAAGUUGUUCAAGGCCAGCAUCGUUGCAAGAUAGGAUAAAAAGCUGGUUUCAGUCUGCAAAAAAAGACAUUUGUGAAGGCUGGGAGACCUCUGCUCAUGUGCUGCUGGACAGAGUAUUCCUGAAAUGGGAGCCAUCUAACCAUGAAAGCAAAAAGACAUUUAUCCAACACCUACACCAAUACAUGAAAGGUUUUCAAUCAAGUGAUGAACAGUUGUUGGAAUUCCCAGGGGAUCUUGCCCCACUUCCAGUAAAUGUCAAAGAGCUGAUUUAUGCGAGACUGAUUAAGAUUUUGAAUGAAGAAUCAGAAAGGAAAACUUUACAGAGCUCAGCUGGCAUCAAGUCUAUGGAAGCUGCACUUUCAGUGUUUCAGGUUUGCCGUGACUGUGCAGUAAAUCUCGGCAUAAAAGACUUGGGUAUGCUUUGCCAAAUUGUCUUUAAAAACACUGCUUCACUUGGAGACAUGCAAACAGGCCUACCUUUCAUUGAUUUCACUGUCAUAGGACUGAUGAACCUAUGUGCAGAGAGAUUGAUCUCAGAGCUAGUGCUACUCGUUCCUGUCUUUCAUUUAUUAAGAAAGCCAGGGGCAGUGUCAGAUCCAGGCUCAGCUGUGAAUGAACAGAGAUGGGCGGGACUUGAAAACAUCAAGUAUCAAAUGUUUAGAGAGAGAAUUAAAGAUUACCCUGACAAAAGGAGGAUGGUCCUUCGGAUGCUCAAAGAACAUUUGUCAUUGACCAAAGAUAAACCCUACUUUUUGACUAGCUGGCUUACAAUGGUGGCUUUUGAGGAUGUGACAGAGUUUGCAAAGUUAACCAGAAUUGUUCCCGAACAUGUGCUCCAGAGUCUGAUGUACAGAAUGGAGGAGAUCGAGCAAUCUGUGCAAUAUACUGACGACACCAAACACAAGAAAAAUCUUGAGACAACUAAAAAUGUCCUGCACUAUUUGCUCAAAGGGCUUGAGGAGGAUAAAGAAAGAAUCAUGGAAUCUGAAUCUUUAAGCUUUAUCCUUAAGUGUUGCUGGAAUUUACACAAAAGUGCAUGCUCGAUUGCUCGACUUGUCCAACACUACAAUGUCCCGCUGCUCACCUUCCAACUUCUGCUUAAAGUGGUCGAAAUGAAACAUGCGGUGAUUUCAAAGGGUGGAGAGGAAAUGGCCCAACAGAAAAUUCAGCUUUUAUCACAGCUCAAAAACAUGCAAGUGGAUUUCAGUAAAUGGAGAGAUGGUAGGCUCAAGCUUCCUGUGAUGCAAAAGUCCAGGCUGUGUUACCCCAAAGAAAUACAGUUGUGGAAUGGUUUGUAUGGGAUUGAAAGUGCAAUACCAGACUUCUCUCAAGACUGGAAAAGUUUAUUAGAUGGAGAGUUGAAACGGAGAGUGUCACAGAUGUCUGAUUUUGACAAGAUUGUGGUGUGCUGUCUGGAAACAUCAGCAAAGGAGAUCGAGAACAGUCAUGCCAACAUUCAGUUUUGCUUUAAAGAGCAUUGUCAGCUAGCCGUUAAAAGCAGAUGUCAGGCAAAGAAGGAGGGAGAUCUUUUAGAUCUUCUCUUUAACAAACACAUGAAAUGGCCCGUCUUGUCCAACAUUGUUAUUGAGUCGGCUGCUCGCUUUGAAGAGGAUCGCGAAGGAUGGCUACUGGACCCCCAAUCAGCCAUCAGCUUUUUUUUGUCUCAAGACAACUGGAAUCAAUGGAAUUUGGAUGAAGCGGCCUGUCGGUUAAUAGCAGAGAGCCAGUCAGACUUGGGUUGUCUAAUUCAGAGCCUUUGCCAGGGAAAUGUAACCCUGGGUCACUUGAAGACCAUCCUAAAAUAUAAGAGUCGAUUUGAGAAGCUUUACAACCAAUAUAAGAAGAACAACAAAGAAAAGAAUAUCUCGAUCAAUGUAACAGAGCUACUCAGUCAAAGAGAAAGUGACGUGAAAGCCUUUGAAGAACAAAGGCAGCACAUGAGCUCGCUUGUUAAAAUGCUAGGGAAGAUUUUGGAUGCUGUAUAUGUACCCGAGCUUUCUUCCCUCGAAGAGGAGGUCAAAAAUGACCAGCAGGCAAUAUCACUGGAUGAACUGGUUGAGGUGCAGGCAUAUUUCUCCAAAGAGGAUCUUGACAAAAAGAGCACAAGAAACGUGCUGUGCUACAGAGAUAACUUUGAAGUGCAAGACAUGGCACGGGAGAUGCAUGAAGUGAGGACAAGCAACCUUCUGCUACAUUUAUGGCAAGAAAAGGCAACAGAAUAUGUAAUGCUGGUUUCUGAGCCAUUAACACUGAACCUUACAGAUGUCCAUAAUGAAAUCUGGAUGCCUUGUCACAGUGACUUCUUCAACCUUGGUGUACAAAUUGCAAAUGGAACAGUUUGUUUUAAAAAGGUGGACCAGGCUUUAGAUUGGUGUGAGGAUGGGGGUGAAGGAGAUCGGCUAAAGAAAGAACUUGCUUUAUUGGCCUCUAUGCUCGUUAAAGAGAUCCCGGAUAAAAACUGGCAGGAACUUCGAUUCAAACAGAUCCAGGAAUAUAGAUGCCUUCACCAUGCUGCCGAAUCUGCAGAAGUCAUACUGGAAAUAAAACAUAAAUUGGGAUUACAAGGAGACUUUAGUGCAAUACAUGUCCUGACUCAAGUGAGAGACGACUCAUUCAAACGAAACACUCUGGGUUCGUUGAGCAAAGAUCUUGUCAAAGCAAGGCAGAAGUUGGAAAAUGUCAAACCACAGCACAUAGCCUGUCUAAAGGCAUUCUCGGACAGUGAUCCUCUGAACAAAUGGGUCCAAAACCAAAUUGAAAGUCUGAAGGACUUAAAAACCUUUAUGGAUCUGGCCACAAUUCCUGCUGGAGAGAAUGAUGUAGACACUGAUCGGAUAGCUAAUUUUGAGAGCGCUGUUAUGGGCUACAGUCCUUUGCUUUACUCACUACCGAACCAUGCAGGAUUUGAGGAGUUCAUCAUCUGUGCUCAGCAAGUGUGGGACACCCUUGACAAAGAUGAGAAACUUAUGGAAAAACUGAGGGACUCUUGUCGAUGGCUGGAUUGGCUUAAAGGUUUAAGGGAGACUUUUGGGUCUGUUGAGCAAUCGUCACUUUCUCAGGCCUCAGCUAUCAAUACCGAUGGCGUGUAUCAUGUGGGAUGGCCAGUGGAUUUCACUGGAAAAACGUGUUUGGACAAUGUCUUUAAUGUGAAGGUGACGAAGAAUGGACAAGCAAGGACAUACAGUCUUGAUGAACUCCUCGAGCUUCAGAAUAAACUCAUGCUGAUGUCAUCUAAGGGGGAGCAUGGGAAAGAGCAAGUCAACAAGUUUACUCAAGUUUUUGAAGGAGUCCAAAGGAUGGGUCGCAUCCUCCUGCAGUUGCGUACCUCAGGCAAUGUGCUUCUCAGAGACUUGGAAGCUCAGAUAACAUGCAACGGCACAGUGCAACACUGCAUUAACAUCAGCUUUUCCCAGUUAAAGAAGUGUGUUGAAUAUCAGGGUGAUGUGCUAGAGGAGCUUCAGAAGCUGUGUCGCUCUCUGGAAGACUUCCAUAAAGACUGGUGUACCCAAUUAUCUAAGAUGCGCUCUCAGUAUUAUGCUCUGAAUUAUUACACAUCAGAGCAAAUGGCCUAUCUUUGCAAAUGGGUCAACGAUGUUAGUAACAAAAGGAAACCUGUGGCACAGCAAAUGUGGCAUCUUUUGACCCAUGUAAAACCAGACUGUAGCAAAAAUGACAUCAAGGAAGCCUUUGAAAUGGCAGCUGAAGCAACUGAACCUAUGGAUCAAGGAGAUGUUGCAGAGGAGCCAAAACAGGACAGUGAUAUUGGCAUUGAAAGUUUGGACAACCUGUGGAAACAAUUUAAAGAGAACAUGUCCAGAUUCCUCUCCGACCAUGUGGACGUUGAAACACUUGGGAAGUUUCUCUCUGUUCUGUCUUCCAUGAAUCAAAUGCACAUCAGACGUAACAUUCCUCAUAUUCUAUGUGACGGAAGGCCAAACUUUAUCCAGUGCCCUAUUGCGGAUGUGAUUAGUACCACGUUGUCCUUUUACACAGAGAGCCCAGAGCAACCUCUUCCCACAACUGAUGAGAUAUUAAUGUGCCAAGAGGAAACAACCACAGAGGAAGUGGAGAUCUUCCUUCGUCGAUGUUUAGGAUUUCAGGGCACUGCAUACAAACAUAACAAGAUUUACACUUUGGUCAAUCCAGGAUCUCUGACCUAUGAUGUAGGUGUGGCCCUGGUGGAAUGCUUUGAGACACUAGAAAAGAGUGCCGAGCCUCAUUACCGUCUAGUGAUGGUCUGCCCCGUAAACCAGGAUAGAUAUGUUCCUUCCUUCUUUAGCAACUAUAAAGUGCAAACAGGUCUGUGUGUGUCCAAAGAAAGAAACGAAAAGUACCUUAAAAAUCACUUCCGUAUUCCAGCCGAGCUUCUAGACCCUAGACACUCACGCGUCUACCCAGGGAAGCUCUCUGUUUGGAUGAUUGCAUCCGAACGUCCAACUGUUGGAAAGUCACUGUAUGUCAAGCGUCUAUUUGAGCAGUUCCAAACAGAGUUUCCAGAAACAACCUGUAUAAGAAUGAGACUCAUUGAACCCUGCGUUAACAUCGAUGGAUUUGUCCAAACUCUGUCCCAGAGGUUGGCUCCACUGAAAGAACAAGACCCUGUACUAUUGCACAUUGAUACGGCAGCAGUACGCUGUGGCUUGGAGGAGUUCCUGUUCAAAUUACUUGUUCUGGGAUGUCUCAGUGACAGCAAGGGAAAUAUAUGGAAGAGAAACACAGCUCAUUUGGUGGCAAUUGAAGCACUUCAACGAGGUCUCGGGCCUAACAGUCAAACACAAAUGACAAACCAUGGGUUUUUGCAUAUACUACCUACUAUUUUCUGUAGACCUCCUAAAGAAGUCAAAGAUUUGGAGAUCAGGAGAAAAAAAGAGAGACAAGCAUCUUUAGAUCCCCUGAUGGACAAAGGAGAAUUUAGGAGUGAAGACAUUCAAAGACCUUACCAAUACUUACGGAGGUUUAACAGGAAUGAGAACUUGGAUCGUUUCACAUAUCAAACUCAUUCCGUAGAAGGAGAUCCAGUGGACUGUCUCCAUCAUCUUUUGUCAAACUGUGGCUUGAAGGACCCAUCAUGGGCAGAAUUAAAGCACUUCACUUGGUUUCUUAACCUUCAGCUCAAAGACUGUGAGAAUUCCCUGUUCUGUGAUCCAGACUUCCUUGCUGACAAUUUAAGCGGAUUUAAGGACUUCAUAGUAAAAUUCAUGAUUCACAUGGCUCGAGAUUUUGCCUCUCCUUCCAUCGACAUCUCCGACCAAAGCCCUUCCUUUUUCUCUCAGAAUGAAGAUGAGGACGAUAUCUUGUCUAAACUGACUAUUCGGAAGAGAUGGGAAAAUGAAUCUCACCCAUACAUCUUUUUCAAUGCAGAUCAUUUAAGCAUGUCUUUCUUGGGAUUUCAUGUGAAGACAAAUAGAAGGAUUCUCAAUGCAGUCGAUCCACAAAGUGGCAAAGUGUUAAUGGGAAAUGUGAUGUCGCAGGAGCUUUUUUCAGGCCUUGAACGACAAAGAAUUAACCUCUGUGAAGACUUUGACAACCUCUCCAGAGAAGACAAAAUACAAAGAAUUUCCUUUGUUGUUGGUGCUAAAAAAGGUUGGGAAAAAGGCAAGUUUGAUCCAGACCCGACGUAUGAGCUUACUGCUGACAAUGUCAUGAAGAUGUUGGCUAUUCAUAUGAGAUUCAGAUGUGACAUUCCAGUAAUCAUCAUGGGAGAAACUGGCUGUGGCAAGACGCGGCUUGUGCGCUUUCUCUGUGAUCUGCAAAAGGAAGGCAGAGAUGUUGAAAACAUGAAACUUGUCAAAGUCCAUGGAGGUACUACUUCUGAGACUAUCUAUAAGAAGGUGAGAGAGGCAGAAGAAAUUGCUCAGAACAAUCGGCAAAAAUAUGAACUUGAUACAGUCUUGUUCUUUGAUGAAGCCAACACAACCGAAGCAAUAUUUGCCAUCAAGGAAGUGUUAUGCGAUAAAACUGUACAAGGAUACCCUUUGAAGAAAAAUUCUGGUCUGAAAAUUAUUGCUGCAUGUAAUCCCUACAGAAGGCACACCACGAGAAUGAUUGAACGCUUGGAACGAGCAGGGCUGGGAUACAGAGUGAAAGCUGAGGAAACUGAGGAUCGCCUUGGUAAAGUUCCCAUGAGACAGCUUGUGUACCGUGUGCAUCCUUUACCCCCAAGUAUGGUGCCUCUGGUAUGGGAUUUUGGACAGUUAAGUGAUUCAUCGGAGCACUCUUAUAUUCGUCAGAUCGUUCAAAAACAAAUAAGGGUUCAUGGUUUGCCCCUUACCUACCACAAAGUGAUCACAGAAGUUCUGGCUGCUUCUCAAAGAUACAUGCGCAGCCGAGCAGAUGAAUGCAGCUUUGUAAGUCUUAGGGAUGUCGAGAGAUCAAUGUGUGUCCUGGUUUGGUUUUUCAAACACAGGGAUUAUCUUUUUCCAGAAGACCAACAGUUUGAAAUGGAACAGAUGAUAUUGAAAUGCUUGGUGCUUGCCGUGGGUGUUUGCUAUUACCCGUCACUUGAACGUAAAGAACUGUACCUUGCAGCUGUCAGCGAAUACUUUCCUCAUCCGUUCAACUCUACAGAGACACUGGAGCAGGAGAUAUCAUCAUGCCAAGACUUUUUUCUUAGUAACAUUGAAACAAGAAAAACAAUUGCCAAAAAUCUGGCUUUGAAAGAGAAUGUUUUCCUCAUGGUGGUCUGCAUUGAGUUGAGGAUUCCACUUUUUCUGGUUGGCAAGCCCGGGAGUUCAAAAUCCCUUGCUAAGACUGUUGUAGCAGAUGCCAUGCAACGUCAGGCCUCUCACUGUGACUUUUUCAAGAAACUCAAGGAAGUUCACAUGGUGUCUUUUCAAUGCAGCCCUCACUCAAGCCCUGAAGGAAUCAUUGGAACCUUUUGGAACUGUGCACGUUUCCAAAAGGAUAAGAAAUUAGAUGAGUAUGUUUCAGUUGUUGUACUGGAUGAAAUAGGUCUUGCAGAGGACUCUCCUCGGAUGCCACUGAAAACAUUGCAUCCACUUCUAGAGGAUGGAUGCAUAGACCGUGAAAGACCUCUCCCACACAUGAAGGUUGGAUUUGUUGGAAUCUCAAACUGGGCUCUUGACCCAGCAAAAAUGAAUAGAGGGAUUUUUGUGUCCCGUUGGGAUCCAAGUGAGAAAGACUUAAUUGAGACAGCCGAAGGCAUCUGCUCAUCAUCCAAAACUGUUUUUCUCAAAAUCAAGGACCUCCUGCCAAAGUUGGCAAAGGGCUUUCUAAACAUCUGUAAAGAUGACAGCGAACAGUUCUUUGGUCUCAGAGAUUAUUACAGUUUGGUAAAAAUGAUUUUUGCAACAGUCAAAAAGACAGACCAAGAUCCAAGUGACAGUAAGUUGGCAGAGGCUGUAUUGAGAAAUUUCAGUGGACAAAGAGAUGGUUUUGACCCACUUCAUGCCUUCCAGGACCUCUUCCUGAAUAUUUCAGAAGUCCAAAACCCAAGUACACUAAAAAUGAUUGAACAAAAUCUGGACCAUCAUGUCGAAGAAGAGUGUCGCUACCUUCUUUUGCUCACAACUAACAGUGCUGCUUUGUACAUAGUCCAACACCAUAUUUUCUCAAAGGAGAAUAACACACCUCCUGAAAUUGUAUUUGGUUCAGGAUUUCCAAAAGACCAGGAAUAUGCCCAGAUAUGUCGCAAUGUGAGUCGAAUAAAGGCAUGCAUGGAGACAGGCCGAACUGUCAUCUUGUUGAAUCUCCUCAAUCUUUAUGAGAGCCUGUAUGAUGCCUUGAAUCAAUAUUAUAUCUACCUUGGUAAACAGCAGUAUGUUGACCUGGGACUCGGUUCACACAGAGUAAAGUGUAGAGUGCACAAAAACUUCAGGCUGAUUGUGGUGGAGGACCAGGAAAAGGUCUACAAAAGGUUUCCUGUUCCCCUAAAAAACAGACUGGAAAAGCACAAAGUUGAUAGGAGUACAGAUAUGAUGCCUUGGCAGCACAGAGUUUUGGAAAAACUCAGAAAAUGGGCUGAAGACUUCCCAAGGGUUCAGGCAUCUACAGAAGUAAACUUUAGCUCAUCAGAUACUUUUGUUGGUUUCCAUGGCGAUGCUUGUGCCAGUGCACUACUCCAGGCUUUAGAGAAAAUCCAAAAGCAGGCUAAUGGUAAAGCAAAUAGAAAUAAGGCCAAGGACAUGCACUUGAAGAGUGAGAACAAUGAGACACAUCAACCAAUCGAUGAAGUUUUGAUGAUUGGAACAGAUUCACGUGAGGAAAUAAAUGAAAUUCCUGAUGAGGAACAAGACGGUGCCUCUAUGGAAGUUGACAACAAGGUAGAAGAUGCAGAAAACAUUGAGACUCUUGGAGAUGCUCUUCAUCUUGUGAAAAUGAAUGAGGAUUCUAAGGACUCUGAGGCAACAGACAGUAUGGAGUCAAAUGAAAUCAUGGAUGAGGAAGAGGAAGUUUUUGAAACUGCCAAAAGUUUUCUCUUAAACAGUGCCACACCUGACGCUGUCCUCAGACUGAAAUAUUCAGAAGAGUUCGGAAAUCAGGAGAAAGACAAACUUCAGAGGAUUUAUUUCCAUCAGCAAAGCCACAAAUCACUCAGGGACCUCAUAGAAAGCCAUUUAAAAAAGCCUGAUCAAGACAAGACCCGAUUCUUAGAGGUAACCACAUUCUCCAGUCUUCUCACUGGAGCUGAUUUGAGAAAUCUUGCACCAGCCUUGGGUUUAUCUACUGAGCAGGUUCAUCUGCUCUUCUUACACCAGUUUGACACAGAAGCCUCAUUUUCCAGUAAAAUACGGUCUUAUCUGAGGGAUUGUGGGCUUUCGCUACGCAUUCUUCUGGUUCAGAUGGACAUGGAAGAGUCAUUGUGCAAAAAUGAACUUAUUGCUUCAGCAAAAUACUGUACCAUGAAUGAAAUCUUGUCCUUCAAAUCAGAUCCGAGUAACUUUUAUACUGUGUUCAUAACAAAGCUCUCCAGAAUUGGGGAGCAAUGUAAAACAAGUGGCAACAAAUACAUUGGCUUUCAGGGAGGAGUUUGGUUAUCUGCGCAUAUCGAUGACCUUAGAGAUUCUGAAGACAUGAGCUUAGAUCUUAAAGCUUUUUGUGGAAUUUCUAUAAGUGAACUCAUCUCCAGGACAAUGAAGUCAGAUGUCAAGGAUUCAGAAGAAAUGCAUACAAAUGAACCUGAAAGUCAAAAGGAAAGUUCAGUGCAUCUAAACAGUUUGUCCCUAAUAAGAUCCUGCACCCAGAAAGCUGUUUCAUUGCUAAGAGAUACAGGCAAAAAAACCUCCAGGAGCAUGGAGCGCAUGAACAUAUUGCUUGUCCUUUUGGGUGAUGACCCUGCGCCAACAGGAGAACGGUUCCAGAAAGUGUUGUUAGGAAGGCUGAUGACUGCCCUAAAGCAGAAGGAAGAGCUGAGUCUUAAUCCAACAGACUGGGUUUAUAGAGCAGCAAAGAACCGUGAAGCUCUACAAGAAGGUGGAACACUCCGGCACACUUUGUGGCGUCAGCUGCAGGGAAUUUUAAGCCCAUUACUUGCCAGAGUUUUAGAAGUGUUGGACCGAGACUGUAACUUGGGUCUACUGCAUGGGCUCAGUGAUGGUGUGGUGCAGUUCUGGUUAGACAUCUUUCAAGAUCAGCAGCUCCUUGACCUACUCUUCUCACAUAAUGCAAGUGUUCCAGAGCAGGAGAUUAAUGUUCAGUGUCACUUGUUUGUUGGAGAAGUGGAACGGCCCUGUGCUGCUCCCUUCAGCUGGCUGAUAAAAACAUACUGCCAGAGUUUAUGGGAGGAAUCAGAGUUUGUGCGAGGCACUGACCAAGGCAACAAAGCAAGGAUUCAGCAGUUUAUCAGUGCUGUUUCAGGCAGUGGACUGGGCAGCUAUAUCGAAAAACUUUCAGAGAGAGAAAAAGUUGAACUGGGUCGCCGUUACUUGACUGACUAUGUACUUAUGGCCUUCAAAGUCCAUUCUGAAGAAGAGCUGGAGGUCUUCACUGCGGCAUUGCUGGGAUGUGUGUCUGCGCUGCAGGUGGAGAUGUCAGUAGCCCCUGAUCUCUCGCCGACGUGGAUCCUUGCAGCCGCACAAAUAUAUGCACCACGCCUGGACACAUUAUCACAUGCCCUUCAGCUCAACACUCAAAUGGUGGAGAUCAUUAAGGACCGGAUACCACUAAAAACAAGCCCUGACAUGUGUGAGGAUAUUCUUGCUGUUGGUAUCUGUGUUGAGGAAACAAAGCUUUUACCCGUAUCAUCAGUUUGUGAAUGCCAGACCUUUUUGCAAGGAGUUGAGCAGCUUCAGCCCUGUUUAGAGCAAGUGCUCAGUCCAAGCUUCAGAGCCCUCUGCAGCCCAUGCUGUCUCAAACAGCUGGACGCUAUAAAGUCAGUGUGGCAGGGGAUGCUGUUGGUGGGCGCUUUUAUCGAACAGGUUGUUGUCAAGCUGAAAUCGAAAGAUGAAAGGAUAGAGGCAGUGACUCUGAAACACUGCGCUCAGUUACAUGGGCUGAUGGAAGGAUCUCCCAAUUUGAGGAGCAGAGACAAUCUUCAGCAAAUCAUCCGCAUACUCAAUGAUUACCACAACGAGUCCAUCAGCAGAGAGCUGCGGUUUGGUGUAAAAUGUUCAGUAUGUUUGGAAGAUCCAUCAAAGCCCACUGCUCUUCCCUGUGAACAUGUCUUUUGUUUGGCCUGCGUGGAAAAAUCCAUAGCAGGAGGACCGCAAAAAUGUCCCAAGUGCAGGACAUCUCUGCCAGACAACUACCGGCCCACUGUCUCUAGAAACAUAGACUCAGCCUUGAGUCAGCAUAAUGAGAUAAGGAAAUGUUGUAACGGCUUUUUCCUGGAGGUGGUCUCACGCUUCUGUCUGACCGAUGAAGAAGACCCCUCAGAAGACCUGGUGGAACUGCUUUUCUCCCUCCUCAUCUCAGCACAAGGAGAUGUCUAUAAGACAAGAGAGCUCACCCCAUUCCUGGAAUGUGUCGACCAGAGCCCUGUGGUGCGCUCUGUGCUGCUCAAACUUCUUCUGCAAUACAGUUUUAAACAGGUGAAGAAGCACAUUCAAAGCUACUUGGAAAACAUGGAAAACAAGCUUCUGGACAAAGAGGACAGAACUGAACUCUAUCGACUAUUUGUUAAAUGCUUCCAAGAUUCCCUACUCUCUUCUGGAUUGAAUGGAGCUGUUAAGGUCAAAGAGAAUAAAAGUUGUCUACAGGAGAGUGUGAGCUUUCUAAGCCGACUCGCUCGUAAACAGACACCUUCUAGACAGGACGACCCAGCUGAGUUUCUGCUGUCUAUGGCUGACCUCAGAAUGUGUCUGGAGUCUGCUGCCCGUAUCCUGCCCAAAGCUGUCGGCCAAAGAAAAGGUAAUUGUGAGGAUGUGGAACUGAAGCUGUUGGAGCAGGUAAAGGCUGUGUGUGAGUAUUGUGACAAUGACUGGUACAGAAUUUAUCUGCUCCGAGCGCUUGACAGACUGGCUGGCAUGGAUUGUCUACAAAUGCUGAUCAACAGCACAGAUUACAUAUGGAUCUUCCCUGCAGAGAUUCUACGCCUUCACAGGUUGACUCCUGCUGAAGUGGAUCGGUUUUUGUGUUGUGGUCCGUCAUAUCGGACCAUCAGAGAUGGGGUGGGACAAGUGAUGCAUGAUGGCAAAACAGAUAGCCUCAGAGAAGCCUUACAGGCAAUGAAUGCUUUAGGUCCUUUGAAAAGCGUCAUGCUGGCUCUUGCUAUGUUCAGGCAGGUUACCUGUCAUCUCGUGUCACCUGAAAGAGCAAUAGAUCCUCAAGCACAGGAGCUAAAUGUUUUGAAGGAUAUUAUUAGAGAGAAUGUUUCAGGACAUGUCCGCGAGCUCUGUACCGCUCUGUUAUCCAAUCAGAUUGGAGGGCCAGGAUCUCCCUUGAGUCUCAAUGCAGGUGUACCUGCUCAACGUCGCCCUCUACUGGAGCUCCUGGUGCACGCCAGUGCUGUGUUUUACAGCGGGAACAGACUGCUCAGGCCACUUCACAGCAUUUCCUCUCAACCUCAAAACGUGACCGGAGCAUUCCUGCCCACUAUGCCAGAUGACCACACAAGUGAUGUCCGACAGUGGCUCAAAGAGAAGCUUACGCCGUACUAUUGCAGUAACGGUCACGCGAGCUUUGUGGGACAGUGUGGUAAACCAAUGGAAUUGUCAAAAUGUGCCACAUGUGGAGUGCCUAUAGGAGGCCAGAAUCAUAUUCCAGUGUUAGGUUUUAUUCCAGUCAGUGGAAUCACAGAUAUGACACGAACAGGGCAUAUAUUGGGAAAUGCUGAAAACCGGUCUGAAGCCCCAAACAGGAAUCUGUCUCUAGCGCAGUCCUGUGUUCUUCGUCUGUGUCUUCAUUUGGCCAUGUUGCAAGGGGCCAUUCACCACCAGCAGGGCAUCAGGAAUAUGAUCCAAUCAGCUUUUCAUAGUGUCUUUGAGUUCCUGUGGCAACAUCUUGAGAAGGACAUGAGGGUUCUUGGGGAAACUUUAAAUCUCAACAUGGAAGACACUGCCAUUGUAGUUCAUCUGAUCCUCAACAGGUUUCUAGAGACCAACACAGGUGGUAACCAGGAUCUAUCAUCACGCAGGUCCAGAGAACAGUGGGAGAGCACAGUCUGUAAUUCAGUUAUUAAUCCUGUUUUACAGGAUUUGAACAGGAUGUUGAACAGCGCACAUGAUGCGAUUGCGUCUGAUAACAGACUUUCUAACAGUCCCCUUAUGAAGGUUCUGAAGAGAGACCCUGCAAAAAUCCUUCAACUCCCAUCUAACUGCCCCACCCACCACUCGGCCUUCUGGAGUCUUUCACCUCUCCUAACAGUGGAGAGCAUUACCCAGCAAAUACACCAAAGUCAAGCACCCCUGCUCACCCUAUUUAUCAAUAAGGUGCAUUGUAUGAGACAGCUGAUUCAUCUGCCGACUCUUGCUGCCCUGCUGUCUGAUCUAAUGAAACUGCUUCCUCCAGGCUCUGAGACCCACACCUACACCAUCGCCUCACUGCUGCACAGCAUUUCUGCAGGCUAUCAAAAGAAAUUAUUGUCAGGAAGAGUAGACGUCUUCAUGAAGGCGUGGAACCAUCUCCGAACGGAAAUAGCCAAUGAUGCGUCAGUGGGUUUGGAUACUGCACUAUGUGAAACAGACAUGACUAAAGAAAGUUCUGGACAGUUUCUCUCCAUAAGUCGACAGGGUCCAGGGACAUGUCUCCGUGCGACCAUAGAUCUCCUGUCUAAAACGCACAACAGUCUGGUGGCAGAAGCCAGGAAACUCUGUCACCAAGAAGACAGUGAUUAUAAAGUGUCUUUAGUGUCGCUGUGUGAGAGUCAGCUUGCCCUUUGUCACCCGGAGAGGCAGUUUCUCCCCCUAGUGUUAGCUAACUGUCAUUACACUUUAGAGAAGGGCCAGCAGACAGCGAGUUCCUAUGAUUAUCAGGCUAUUGAGAGAGAACUCGGCAGACGAUUUUUCGCAGGCAAACCACGCAUUCAGUCCGACACUGAGAAGUAUCUGAGAAGACAACAUCAGGAUUUUUCAGAGGUCCUUACUGAAGUUAGAGCCAAAAUACCUCAGGAGCCACUGAGGAGUUCUGUGCUCAGCUCCAUGAGAUCAAUGCUGCGCUCAUUCACCGACGUCUGCGAUGCAGUUUUUGCUGUUGAGAUCGGGCUUCGCUUCCUCGGCAAAACCGGAGGAGAUCCGCAGGCUCUGCUGUUGAGCUAUCUGAAGGACUCAUUGAAAAUGGAUCGACAAAUUUCCAGCAGCGUAGCUGAGGCUUUAAAGGACAACCGUCUGAGUCAGUGUACGGCCACCUGGCAGCUUCUUACCUGCUGGCGAAGUGAACAGAUGUUGAGAAGAGGACAGGAUCCGUUUCAGCGACUGCCCAAACAGUUCCAAGAUAAGAUGACUUCAGAGGAGAGAAAUCAGGUGACGGUUUUCCUCGGCGUCACAGACAUCGAUAUUCUCUUACUGGAACUACAUGAGAUCCUUCAGCUCAAGGCCAAAAACACAGCGGAGGAGAGCUUUUCGCCACACUGGGACAUCAGGUCCACUAUGGAAUCCCGUUUGGAGGAGAAGAACAGCAACUCUUUACCUGGUCUAGAGAGUCUUUCGGAGGAAAACACUCUAGCCAAAGCGGCAGAAAUCUGGAAACUCGCAGUGGAGUUCAAACACUGAAACUUCUGAAUGAGCCAAACUAAAUGAUGGAAAAACAUUCCCUUAUUACCGCAAGUGUCAUGGGCUCGAUUCCUAGAGAACACACACAUACUGAUACAAAUGUAACUUGAAUGCAUUGUAAGUCUCUAUGAAUAAAAGCAAAAGUCAAAUCCGUAAAUGUAAAUCUAUGCAAACAAGUUAUCAAUGUUAACAUUUAUGUGUGCUGAUCUUGUCUCCGUUAAUAUUAUUGAUAGACAUUGUUGUCUUUAUUUCCGUAGUGAACUAUAAGAUUAUGAAUCAUUCCAACACUAUUAAUUCUUUGGUUUAGCUUUAUUGUUAAUAUAAAAUAUUAUAAAUAAUCUGUUUACUCUUUUUAAUAUAGCCUACUGUACCUUCAUAGUUUAGCACUUUAAUGUUUGUGGACCUGUAGCCUAAGUAUAAACCUCAGGGAACAAUUAUUAAGUUUAGUUAUAGCAUUUGUCAUCUGUAUACUGUUUGUUUAAUGUUUGUUGUUUGAUAAGUUAAUAAACAUAGAUCUACAGCAUUUGUCUGAGUAAAUCAUUUGUUUUGAGGAUACAGAGAGCACAGUCCAUUAUACAUGUUUAAAGUGAACAAAUGUAAUAAAAAUAAUAAAACUGCAAUAGUUUGUGACAGA